UGACACCAUCACUAGCGUAUCGUGUAAUUGGCCAGUAAUCAUUCUAUUAUAGACAGCAAAUUAAACGCAAUUCAUAACAGCCUGGAACUUCAAGCAGCAACAACAGUCAAUCCCUAACCAGCGUCCAGUGUUUGUUUGUUUUUUCCUUUCUUUUCUUAAUUUUACAUAGUAGCCAAAAAAAAAAAGGCAAUCGAGAGAGAGGAAAAUGGAUUUACCGGAGCUGUGGGCAAUCUUCGGUCCUGGAGUCGCUGGCGCGGUAUUUGGCGCGGGAUGGUGGUUUUGGAUCGACGCCGUCGUUUGUGGCUCUGUUACAGUCUCCGUCGUUCACUACCUCCCUGGCAUAUUUGCAUCUAUUGCUUCUCUGAUGUUUAAUUGCGUUAGAAAAGAGGAUAUUGAUUACUCUCCUUACGAGGAAGGCGAGUGGAGAUUGAAGCUCUGGCUUUUCUUUGCAUAUGUUGUCUCCUUCGUCUCUUUAGCAGCAUCAGUGGGCUUAUUGAUACAAGAUUCCAUUGUCAAAACUGGCCCUUCAGUGUGGACAGGAACUGCUGGCGUCUUGCAGUGCGUGUUUGUGCUGAUCAGUGGGCUAAUUUGUUGGACUUCAUACUCGGAAUGAGUUAUGGUGAUAUGUGCUGCCUGUUGGAGCUUGGAAUUAUGACAGAGGGAGUUGGCUGUGUAUGUUUCAGUAAUUAUUCAAUCCACAGGACAGAACAUAGUUCCACCUCGUGCAAAUGUUUAUCCUGUGCUCCCAUUCUCGAGCAUAAAAAAAAAAAACCCGUGCAACUUUUCUGGAAUUUGAGAUGUUUGGUACAUAAGAAAGUGAAAUCUCAUAAACUCUGGUGUUUCUUCAAUGCUGCCUUUGUGCAGAAGCCAAAUUCAAUUGUUUUCAGGUUGGUCA